AGGUUUCAUUGCAGCCUCAGAGAGUAGUAGCUGCGUUUUAUUGCAUGCUGGCCAGAUUUGGAGUGACUGGGCCGCCGUCUUGACAGUGGCUGACCCGUUUGUCUUCGUUAUGAACUUUACCCAGGUUACUGAUGCUUUGAGUUGCACGGCUGCCCUAGCCGGACUAUCAAAGCAAGACUUGGCGAGACUGUCGAUGUCCACCGGCAAGUCCUUGCCCAAAGAUGCAGGAAAGUUCAUCGCAUGCAGCGGGAUCCCCGGGGCCCAUUACCUUCUGGCGACGAUGUCCGGGACUCUCAGUUCGUCGAGCCCCGGCGUCCCUUUCGGUCUUGGCCUGUGCCUCCCAGAGGCGUGCGGAGAUGCAGACGUGCCGGCGAUCCUGAACUCCCCGCUGGCGCUUCAGCUCAUCCCGGACCUGAGCGCAUUCUCCCUCUCCAACUUCCAUGUGACCGACCCCGUCGCUGGGCUCAUCCAGCCGGGUGCCCUCUGCUGGGUGGCAGUGGCGACUCUGGCGCUCCUGGGCGCGGCCAUCGCCUUCUCCACUCUCCGCAUGUGCCGGGCCCGCGUGGAGACGUCGCAGCUGUCCGGAGCCCCUCCGCGGGCGCCGCCACUCUUGAACCAGGCGUUUGCGCUGGUUGGGCGCAAUGGCACAAUGACGAAGCUCAUGGAGUGUCCGCCGCCCAAGCCUACGGACUGCUUGAACGGGCUCCGGGUGCUGGCGAUGGCCUGGAUCAUCUUGGGCCACACCUUUCUGAUGCCCGAAGGCGUGUCUGGCUACUCGAAUUCCCAGGACAUCACCAUGAGUGCCUGGAACAAAGCGGCUGCGGAGCGCAGCCCCUGGUUGAUGCUGAUCAUCCAAGCAGAACAGAGCGUGGACACGUUCUUUUUCCUGUCGGGCUUCUUGCUGUCUCACCUCAUGUUGAAGGAGCUUCAAAGCCGCGGCGCCAGCCCAGUGCUUGCCAUUCUGCUGAGGUACUUCCGACUCACGCCGAGCUUAGCGCUGGUCAUGCUGGUGUACUAUGGCAUUUUGCCAUAUUUGGCGUCUGGCCCCUUUGCUGUGAUCCUUCAGGAUUCCAUCUUCCGACGGUGCAAUGGGUCCUGGUGGUCGGAGCUCACCUACACCAUGAAUUUUAUCCCAUUUGACUCGGACAAAGUGUGCAUGGGCUGGACCUGGUACCUAGGAGACGACAUGAUUUUCUUUGUGCUGGGCAGUGUGCUGGUGCCCCUCUAUCACCGGAGGAGGAUCUUGGGGUGGUUUCUGAUGCUGUGUGUGACAGGGCUCUCCUUGGGAGUCACCGCCUGGCUGAUUGCGAAAUACCAUCUCUCGGCUUAUAUCUUCGACAGCCACUACGCCCGGUAUUCCUACUACGCCUACAGCAAGCCCUACACCCGAGCACCAGCAUACUUCGUUGGAGUGUCAACCGCGUGGGUGCUGCAAACGCUGGAAGCGCGGGGCGUGACCCGUGAGAGCUGCGAGAGAAGCGGCAAGGCCUCGCUGGGUGCGUCGCUGGCUGCUCUUAUGGCCUUCGGGGUUCUUUGCCUCGUGGUCUUCAUUCCGGCUACCGACUUCGGCGAUCAGAAAAACCGCUGGAGCGAUUUUGAUAGCGUCCUGCUCCUGGAUUUCGGCCGGGUGGGCUGGGCCGCAUCCUGGGGGAUCAUUACCAUCCUUUGCUACUACGGCUACCUGCCUUGGAUCAACGGCUUCCUCGCCCAUCCCGCGUGGAUGCCCUUGGUUCGCAUGACCUACGGGGCCUACUUGCUGCAUCCGCUGGUCAUCAAAUUGGCCGCCGGCACGUCGGUGCAGUACUACACCUUCUCCGGAAUGGAACUGUGCUACCGCUUGAUCGGCAACUGCUGCAUGGCUUACGGCUUGGCCGUGAUUCUCUGGUGUCUCAUUGAGCGCCCCAUCAUGACGCUCACAACAGCAGGACUCAAGAACCGCUCCUCCAGUGCCAAGACCGAGUCCUCCAGUUCAUCGCCGAACCUGGACGCCCGUAAUCAAAGUGCGUCGCGUGGCAGCUUAGCGGACCAGAGGGAAGAUGCAUGACGCGCGAAACCGCGCGGAAUCGAAUCGAGCGCGCCCGGGGCCAGACCGGCGGCGUUUCUUCGCCGCGUUCUACCAAAGGCUAGGGUUCGUUUGUUGCACUGGCGGUCGACUUGGCGAUCUGUGUGGCCUUUGGGUCUUGGUCCCCAUGACGUUUGCAUGGGAUGCGCAAGGAUGCCUUGCAGUCUGGUGAGACUUUUUUGACCGCUGCAAGGAACCUGAUGGGGAGUGCUUGGCUCCUCACUCGGGUAGCUUGCGCUUGGCCGAAUCUCCGUUAGAUCCUUCAGGCUCCCCUGGAGCCGCAAUCACUCGGUAAAAGAGGGCUGAGUAGGGGGUCAAUCUCAGCCAUAGGUCAGGAAACACCUAGAAUUUUGACUAGGACUUCUUCCCAAUUCACCAGGGCUUGUAAACAAAGCCAGGAAUUUCCGCCUUGGGCUGCUAUCAGUGGC